GUACUCCAUGGCUGGAGUCAAUCUAGUUUAUACGUAUGUGAGUCCACAAGUUAUAUGCUUUGUGGUUAAGUUGCUUCUUAUGUAUGAAAUGGCUUGAAUUGGCUAUUUCUUUGUCUUUGCUUUUUUUAAUGGAAAGAACAUUUUAAGUUACCAUGGACGACCCCAAAACCCUCACUAUCAGACUCCAAUUUCUAUGAAAAAUCUAUCAAUUCGAGUUCCUAUGUAUCGUCUCCCAAACUUCUGAACUAAAUCCCUAACAUCCGAUUCCAGCGUUGCCCUUCCCAAACUCAAUGGGAGACUGCUUCGAAGCGCUUUUGAACACCUACUUCCCGAACGGGGCGGAGGUCGAGGUCAGCAGCAACGACGACGGCUUCCGCGGCGCGUGGUACGAGGGAAAGGUGAUCCGCGCGGUGUCGAAGAAAGUCAAAAAGAGGGACAGCAAGAAAGGGAAGCGCGUGGAGGUGGUGGUUGAGUAUUUGACGCUAACGGAGGACGAGGCCGGGAAACUGCCGCUGCAGGAAACAGUCGAUAUCGUCCAGGUCCGGCCGCGGCCGCCCCGGGAGCGCCGCCACAGCUUCAAGUUCAGCGAGGAAGUGGACGCCUACUAUAAUGAUGGGUGGUGGGAGGGAAUCGUAACAGGGGUGCUGGAAGGGGGGAAAUACUCUGUAUUCUUCAGGGCAGCCAGGGAGCAGAUGGAGUUUUUGGAGUCCGAGCUCCGUCUCCACCGUGAAUGGGUAAAUGGAGAGUGGGUUCCGGGCCUAGAAGAUGGUGGCGAUGAGGAAAUAUUAAUUUCUAAAGAGAAGAAACCUAGCAAUGAAUUGAGUCAACAAACUUUCCAUCAGGGAAUGAUGGUCGAAGUUAGCAGUGAUGAAGAAGGUUAUAGAGGUGCCUGGUUCACCGCAACUGUUAUAAAACAAUUAGACAGUGGUAAGUACAUUAUAGAGUAUCAGAGCCUAAGGAACGAUGACGAUACAGACUUUAUGAAAGAGGAGGUUGAUCACUUGCACAUACGGCCAUAUCCUCCUAAUACUAGAAGAGUCAAGAGUUUCAAAGUUUGUGACGAAGUCGAUGCCCUGUAUAAUGAUGGAUGGUGGACUGGGAUGGUUUCUGAAGUACUUAAACGCAACAAAUACAUUGUCUACUUCAGCGAUACUAAUGAGGAAUUGACGUUUAAGCAUGCUGAUUUGAGGCCGCACCAGGAAUGGGUUAAUGGAAAAUGGAUUAGAGCUUCCAAGGCUAAAAAAUCACAACCUUCACCGGCUGGCAAAUCCAAGAACUAACAAAUGAUGACACGAAGUCUGUUCGAAGGGGGCUUCAGAUUGUCUCAACGUUGCCGCUAAGUAUAAUAGGUAUUGAGCUAGAACACCCUUUAGCAUUUGAAGUCAUUUUUCGGUUUAUUUCUUUCGCUAGUUGUCCAUCCUGUCUUCUCUGUAAUUUGAGAUGUGUGUGCACAGUUAUUACAAAUUAGGGUCCGCGACGAUAAUUUCUACUGCUCUUUCUAGGGCCACAAUGUUCAAAUAUACUAUAUAAUCAUUAUAUACUCCCUCCGUUCCACAAAACCCUUCCGGUUUUGACUUUGGGGAAAAAUAAGGAAAGUGUAAUUUU